ACCUUGGCUUGGGAGCCCAAAGCUGUUGAUCAUCAACCUUUAAAUGCUGGAUAACCCCGGAUUUCGAUGAUUCAAAGUACUCUCACUAGUUCGUAAACAUGGCAGAAGUUCCACCUCCAGCGCCGGCUCCUCCACCAGCGGUCUCGGCGUUGGCCUUGAUCCCGCCCCCUUCGGUCGGGUCGCUUACAUAUCGCGAACGGCUGGCACAGUUCAGAAUCUUGGAAGAGAAAAGGCUUGAGCUUAUUGAGGAACUACUUGACAAACUCGAGAAGACCGAAGCACGACUUGCACAGACUGAGCUAGACCUCAACUCCGAACAAAACGUUCGUCGAACACUGCAGGCUGAGGCUCACGAAGCGAAGACUAGGGAAGAAGCACUGGCGCUGAAGCAGUCUAAACGUCCAUUCGUACUAGUCCUUAUCGAUGUAGAUGCAGAAGGCUUCCUUUUCCAAGACAAGUACACCACAAGGAAAGCUCAAGGCGGCGAGGCUUUGGCUGACGAGCUACUACUCCGAACCCGAGAGUACCUAAGACCACAGUUCGAAGAUGCAGACAGCCUGGACAUCAUCGUUCGUGUGUAUGCAAACCUCGAAGGCCUUGCAAAGUACCUGGUACGACAGGACAAGAUCAGCAACCUAGGAUCUUUGCGUGCCAUGUCGACGUCUUUCAGUGGACGAAUGGCAAGUUUCGACUUCGUGGACGUCGGUGUUGGUAAAGAGGGCAACUCUGGACGGAAGAUUCGAGAAAACCUCGCAUUUUUCACAGCGAACUGCCAUCUGCGGCAUGUAAUCGUUGGCUGUUCGCCAGUCGACCUCCCAGCUGCGCUUCUAUCUUCACUUCCUCUAGAGAAAGUCACUCUGAUCGAAUCUACGCCACUACCAUCCGCACUCACCACAUUGCCUCUGAAGGUCACGAAGUACUCCACUGUGUUCCCGCCCCCGCCAUCACCCAAGGCUCCGCCCGGGCGACAAACAGGCCGCAACGGACCACAGCUUCAGCUCAUGCAACAGGAAGACGACAACGGAGGCCAGACAUGGCUUGUCAUUCAACCCGAGCGAAGCGACAGCCGAGGCCAUCGUGACCACCGUGACCAUCGUGACUCUAAGAGGAGGGGCAGGAGCGAAGACGAAGCGUCCAAUAUCAGCAUAUCGAUCGGUCCAGACAACAGCGUCAGUGUUGAUAGUGGGCACAGCAGGCGGGUCAUGAGGUAGUGGUACUCAGGUACCAUGACUCGGUCAACUAAAAGUCAGUCAGCGACGGCACGGGGUUU